UCAAUAUACACAGACACAUACAUAAUCUCGCAGGCUCAUCUCAUCACGAGUCACGACAGACAUCUCUUUCUCUGUGUCUGGAGAUGGGAAGGGCGCCGUGUUGCGAGAAAGUGGGAUUGAAGAAAGGGAGAUGGACAGCUGAAGAAGAUGAGAUCUUAGUGAAGUACAUUCAGGCAAAUGGUGAGGGUUCGUGGCGGUCAUUACCCAAGAAUGCAGGUUUGUUAAGAUGUGGGAAGAGUUGCAGGCUGAGAUGGAUUAAUUACUUGAGAUCUGACUUGAAGAGAGGCAACAUCACCCCCGAGGAGGAGGAUUUAAUCAUCAAGCUGCACAGUGCUUUGGGAAAUAGGUGGUCCUUGAUUGCUGGGCACCUGCCAGGAAGAACAGACAACGAGAUCAAGAAUUACUGGAACUCUCAUUUGAGCAGGAGAAUUCACAGCUUCAGAAGGCCCAACAGCGACGCUCUACCCAUCGUCAUGGACUUGGUCAAGAUGGGUGGUGGGCGCAAACGUAAAGGUGGUCGAACAAGUAGAUCAGCCAUGAAAAAGAUCAAUAGCGGGUUCAACAUUAAUCCCUCCAAGGGCGACGUCUCGACGAAGAAACCCGAGAAAGCUGGCUGUGGUGAAGGUGGGUCACUACUUACACCGACGACCCUUGAGAAGGUGAGCCUGCCGAGCGCAACCAUAGGGAUUAAUGGAGAAGAGAAUGGCAGUACUCCAGCAGUUAGGCCUGCAGGGUCUUAUCAGGAGAGCGGAAGCGAAAUCUUGGGUCCAACUGAAGAGAGCUCCGGCGGUGGAUUUCGCUCCAGCGGAGAGGGAGAAACAGAGAGUGUAGUGCCGAGACCUCGCGAGGAUAGAGAAGCUGAGGUAGUGGUACCCUACGAGGAAUUAGAUACGUGGAUGCUGUGCUCGGACGACAACGUUAUGGCUGGUGCCACACUGGUUCCUGAUAAUGUUUUGGCAGUUAGUGGGGAGAGAGACGAUGGGGUGGUCAUGGGAUUUAGUGAGGAGAGAGAAAGUGAGAUGGUGGGCUCCAACAAGGGGACAACAAGUGACGAUGGAGAGAGUGGUGUGAUUAGCUCAUAUAAUCGAGAGAAUGGCGAGUGGAACUCUUCUUCUUCUUCUUCGAUCACUUCGUGCUUUGAGGAGGAAUGGGUUGAUUGGGACUGGAAGGACGUAGUUGAAGGUCAUUAUAAGCUCUGGGAGGAUGGUGAAGAGACGCUUUCUUGGUUGUGGGAGGGUGAUAAUUGUGGAGGGGAGUGUCAUCAGGUGGUGGGAGCAGACAUGCAGGAGUCUCUGUCUGCUUGGCUCCUUUCUUGAUUUCCUCCUGUAAAGAGGACCAAAAAGUAAAAAAAAGUUUGUGUUUGUUUUGUUACAAAACGAUGUGAAUCAUCUCGUUUUCGUUUUUUCUUAUGUCUUUCUAUGUACUUUUUGUCCAGUGUUCCAUGUGUUUAAUAUUAUGAA